CCUAGAAGCAAAUCAAGCAGGAGGACACUGCUCUUUUAUUGUUCUGCCCUUUCCACUGAGACAUUUACCAACUUACUCUGCCUAAGGUUCUUGGAGGAUUUUUGACAUGAAGCUGCAUUUGCUCGUUUGCACCGCUGCCCUCCUAGUUGCGUUUCUACCACGUCGUCAAUGUCGACCAGCCGAGAGUGGCGGAGCAGCUCAGACCGGCGUCGAUCCUCAAACAGAUCUCCAGCAGCAGUCUCUUCCAGUACUGGUGCGAAUGGGCGAGGAGUACUUCAUUCGACUUGGAAAUUCACCUCUGUCCUUAUCAAAUGUGCCUCCCGACACGCUGUCCAGAGCUCUUCAGGUUCAACUUACUCAGCGGCUUUUACAAGGUAAAGUUGACAACGUCAGCCGGCUGGUGAAACACUAUGCUGACCAGACUGACGGCUCAAUACAGAAGGGGAAGCGUUCCGAGGAGCCCCCCAUUUCACUGGACCUGACCUUCCAUCUCCUCCGAGAGGUUCUGGAAAUGGCUCGAGCUGAGCAACUGGCCCAACAGGCGCACAACAACAGGAAAAUGAUGGAGGUCAUCGGAAAGUGAUCUUCCGCCAAACCCGAGUGAAGGCUAACCUAAAACACGCAGUAUUAUGUAUCAUA